AUGGGAUAAACCGGGAUGGGACACACCGGGAUGGGACACGGGACUGGGAGGGACAAGGGGCCGGGGUCACACACAGGACCGGAGGGGCCCCGGGAAUGGGGGAGACACGUGGGGCGGGGGGACACACGGGACGGGGGUGACACGGGACGGGACGGGGGAGGACGCGGGGGGACACCCGGGGCCACCCCCGGGCGGGUCCCGCGCGGAGUCUCCCCGGGAGCUGCCCCGGGAUGGAGCCGCCGCUCUCCCCGCUCUGUCUGUCCCUACUCUGUCCCCGCUCUGUCUGUCCCACUGUCCCCUCCCUGUCCCGCUGUCCCCGCUCUGUCUGUCCCGCUGUCUGUCCCUGCUCUGUCCUCGCUCUGUCUGUCCCUGCUCUGUCCUCGCUCUGUCUGUCCCGCUGUCUGUCCCUGCUCUGUCCCCGCUCUGUCUGUCCCGCUGUCCCCUGUCUGUCCGUGUGUCUCACUGUCCGUCCCCCCCAGCACUCGGGGCCGUUACGGGGAGGGGGCUCAGCAGGAGAAGUUCAGGUUCGCGCUGACCCUCGUGUUCAUCCAGUGCGUCAUCAACGCCGCCUUCGCCAAGCUCCUGAUCCGGCUCGUGGAUGGGGCGCGGGUGGAUCGCACGCGGGGGUGGCUCUACGGCGCCUGUUCCCUGUCCUACCUGGGGGCCAUGGUGUCCAGCAACUCGGCCCUGCAGUUCGUCAGCUACCCCACACAGGUCCUGGGCAAGUCCUGUAAGCCCAUUCCAGUGAUGCUCUUAGGGGUGACCCUGCUGAGGAAGAAGUACCCCCCAGCCAAGUACCUGUGCGUGCUGCUCAUCGUGGCGGGCGUGGCCCUGUUCCUGUACAAGCCCAAAAAGGGGGCCGGGGGCGACGACCACGUCUUCGGCUACGGGGAACUGCUGCUGCUGCUGUCGCUGACCCUGGACGGGCUCACGGGGGUGUCCCAGGACCACAUGAGGGCUCACUACCAGACUGGCUCCAACCACAUGAUGCUCAACGUCAACCUCUGGUCCACCCUGUUCCUGGGGGCGGGGAUCCUGUUCACUGGGGAGCUCUGGGAGUUCCUGAGUUUCACGGAACGUUAUCCCAGCAUCAUCUCCAACAUCCUCCUGUUCGGCCUCACCAGCGCCCUGGGGCAGACUUUCAUCUUCAUGACCGUGGUGUACUUCGGGCCCCUCACCUGCUCCAUCGUCACCACCACCCGCAAGUUCUUCACCAUCCUGGCCUCGGUCGUGCUCUUUGCCAACCCCAUCAGCCCCAUGCAGUGGGUGGGGACGGUCCUGGUGUUCCUGGGGCUCGGCCUCGAUGCCAAAUUCGGGAAGGGAGUGAAGAAAACGUCGCACUGAGGUUGAUUGGUUGGUUGGUUGAUCCCUGCAGACAGAAUGAACUUUUAAUUUAUUGUCUUGUACCUCAAGAUCUGUUCAACUGGACUCAGGAGAGGGAAUCAGGAGGAGACUGUGUGGAAUCUUUGGUUUGUUUCAGUUUUUGAUUCUGAGUUGUCCCACAGAUGUAACACUUUAAUUUGGAGGUAAUUGAGCUUUGGUUUCCCGUUGGUUUUCUGUAAUCGGAGCCGAGCAGCAGCAGGAAAUUCUUGCCUUAACAGGACAAACCCCCCAAAUCCUUCAUAUCUUUAUUAAAGAAAAACAGCCAGUGGCCA